CCCAGCUGGAGCAGAAUUCACCGUUGUUUCUCUCUUCAGUUUCUUAUUUCUGUGAUUUGCACUUCUGAGGAGUAAGUUUCUUUGAAGUUAAGGUGAUAUAUAUUGGCAAUGGAGAGAAAAGAUGAUGAGUUGAAGAAGACUCAAGUAGUGGAAGCCCGAGCAAGAAACAUAAGUCACAAUGUUCGCUGUACAGAGUGUGGAAGUCAAUCCAUUGAAGAUUCACAGGCAGAUAUUGCAAUUCUCCUCAGAAAGUUGAUUCGUGAUGAAAUUCAAGCUGGAAAGACUGACAGAGAUUUAUAAAAAGCUUGAAGAGGAUUUUGGGGAGACAGUACUUUAUGUCCCAAAGUUUGAUAUGCAGACAGCAGCCUUGUGGCUAUCACCGCUUCUAGUUGCGGGUGCUGCUGCAGGCGUAUGGACUUACCAGAAGCACAGGCAAAAAACUAAUGUCCAUAUCAUGGCUUUAAACCUUGUUAGAGGUGUUCCAUUGACACCAAAAGAGAAGGAAACUAUGCUAGACAUCCUCACACCACCUCCUCCACAAGGUAUCACUCCUUUCUCUCGGUGGAAAAGGUGGCGAAGUCAAUGAUAUUACCCGAUAAUUGUAUCUCCAUCUGAAUAGGCAAGCAACAUUGCAUCUGGUACUGAAGUACAACCAUGUCUAACUCGUAGUGACAAGAAUCUACUCAUUUAUAUCAGUAGAUGCUCCAUUCAAAUAAUUUUGAUUGUUCAAUUUUAAUUUUGUUCCCAAGCAACGAUCCUUAAUCAAGAUCAUGACUGUAA